CUGAUCAACAUUCCGGGUUCCAGUCGUCGCAAAUAUGCGUCCGUGGGCGACAUCAUCGUAUGCACCGUCCGCGAAGCAGUCCCCAACUCGCCGGUUCGGAAGGGUUCGGUGGUCAAGGCCGUUAUAGUGCGCCAGGCCGCUCCGCUGCUGAGGCCCGACGGCACCUACAUCAGAUUCGACGACAACGCCGCCGUACUCAUCAAUGACAACCAGUUGCCCCGAGGUACGCGCAUCUUCGGUCCGGUGGCUCGCGAGCUUCGCGACCGUGGCUUCAUGCGCAUCGUAUCCCUGGCUCCUGAGGUGGUGUGA